UUCAAAAAGACUUUCAUGUUUCUGUUGCUUAUAUUGCCCCAAUAUAUUUAUUCCAUUAGCUCUGGCUGACUUUAUUUUCUUCUUUUAUGUGCUGUUAGGUGCCGAAGAAAAGUUAUAGUUUCAGUUGAAAUCUCGACGAGAUAGUUAAGACCGACAAGAUAGUGGUCAGUUCAGUAUGUUGCAGAAAGAUAUCGAAGCAACAUAUGCAUGGUCGCGAAUUGGAAAUUUAAUCGAGAGUACCGCAUUGCACUUGUAGAUUAUUCUGAGUUGAAAAUAAUCCUGAAUUUAAAGAUACGCGUAUAUUGUUCCGACCCAAAAUUUAUUACCAGUUCAUUUUGGAAAAUUUGGUGUGAAACGUAUUAAAAAUUGAUCCCAUUUCGAGUGCUUUGUGUUGGUCCGACUUAGUCGGCAAUCAUUCUUUCGGUAUAGUUCUACCUUCCGUAGUUGGUUUCCGCAGUAAGAUGGAAUGCACUAGAUGCAGCAUGCGUCAUAGAUACGAGUCAGAAUACUAAACGAAUUUCAAACCGAUUUUAAUAAAAAAAAAAAUUAAAAUGACAGUGAUUUUUGGUCUUUUAUAUUGAACAGAUAAUUCUAAUCUUAAAACCCCUUUCAACCUAAUAGUGGAGUAGCUAACAAAUAACCUACCUUGAUCGUUAUUUACGCUUCUUCUGUCACCCCCAUAGAAGCGUGCUGAUAGCACAUUUUCCAGUGAAAUUUAAAAUUCAAGUUCUAAGUUCCCAAAAAAACCGACAUUUUUGGAUAAAAAUCAACAAUUAACCAUGGCAAAAUCUAUUACUUGGAUUUUAACGAUUUUUUACGGUAUCCAUGUCGCCCUUGCGAUUAUGGUUUCACCAGACGUAGGACAACGAAAUCAUUCUGUUGAACUUCAAUCGGAAGUACCAAUUACACAGCAAAACGAACCAAUUUUAACAGAGAAAUCUGAGAGAAUUCGACGUCUUAUUCCCUACAUGACAUUCUACGUACCUCCAAACUUCCCUGUGGCAGAAUUUUACAACCUAAAUCCCAUUCAACAACAAAGAUUGGCAGCAGCACUGCAUUCAGGUGGUGGUGUCGGUCCGCCUUUAGCACCACAAGGUUACCAGGAUCCACAACCAGCCCAAGUGACACGAUUGCAACCAUACAUGUCGCAGCUCGGUGCAAAUGGAAACAUCGGUGGUCUUACAAAACCUCGACCGGCCGUCUCUUAUAAUCUUAAGCUCCCUAGCUCACGACCGAACUACCAAAUAAUCGCUUAUAACACUCAUCAUCAAACUUCACCACAAACUGUCAAAUUACAUCGUGAAAGCCAUGGUAAUGCCAAUCUCAAUACGCAUUAUCAGCAAGACAUCGAACAUAUUCCACCACCAUUAUCAUUUAAGAACUCAAACAUGAACAUACCAUACCAGCUGUACCAACAGAGCUCGGCACCUAAGCAAGUCAUAAACCCAUUCAAUAAUGAAAAUAAGCUACCGGGAUCAUUCACACCAAUCAUAUAUACUGGUCCUGAACAGGUUUUCAAAGGACCAACAUCCGAAGAAGCACCAACACAAAAGGAUCAAGGACCAUUGGAGCCGCAAAGCAAGGCCGAAGUUCCAACCUCAACGAUUAGACCAAUAUAUUAUGGAGAGGGAACUCAAAAACCUGUUGUCCCACUAACUGAAGAACUAACACCACAGCAAAGAUACGUAGCCUACCUGCAACAACAAAUUCAGUAUCAAAAUCAGCGUCUUAAACAGCAAUACCAACAGCCAAGUUAUAUUGGACCAAUCAGCACCACUGCGUUGCCACCAGUUGACAACCACCUCGCCGAGAAAGUCAUCUCAACAACUCCGAGCCCAGCGGGAUACACGCAAAUAACGACUCCUAUCAGCAACAAUGAAGAAGUUUAUACCAAAAUACCAGAGCAACUGAGUCGUAUACAAGGAAACAAGCCACACUACCUGGAAUACUUGCAGCAGAAUCCUCAACAGAUUAUCAACCUUCCCAAUUUGAUUCCUUCAAAUCAACCUUACAACGCUUACAACCCACUUGUAUACUACACUACUCCUAAUCCAGGGUACACUUCGUCAAUAAAUCCCAUAUACAGACUUCCUGAAAUCGAACCUUUAUAUGACGAAGUGCCAGCUUUCAAAAUUCCUGUGAAGAAACCGCCUCCGCUAGUGCGUCAACAUCUAACUGAGACCACUCACAACUUUGCACCUGUUCUAACCACAUAUCACCCACAAAAUAAUCAAGUAACGACGCCCAAGCCUAGAUAUAACUCCUUUACUGCUCCUUCACGAACAGAAAAAAGGAAACACGCUCAUCGACGCCGUCCAACCCCAACUGUUGUCUCAAUUGAAGCUGGCGAUGUAAACACGAUUCACUCUGAAGAGCCACGACCACAUGUCAGACCAGUUUUGGUAGAAAGACCAGAACAAAAUUUUAUUCCGCAACACGAACAGCCUAUUUAUGCCCCAGCGGUAAGGCCAGAACCAAUCGUCGAGCCAGUUGCCAAGUCCCCUCCACCACCACAAAUUAUAUUACCUGAACCUGAAGUUGUGAGGAUACCAAGGCCAAAACCACGCCCUCAACAACGUCCUGUUAUUCUGAAACUAAGGCCACAACCAAACCCUGAACCACAAUAUCGACCAGAUCCAAGGCCGAAUUUAUCAUAUGCUCCUCAGAGUGGAAGUAGACCGACUUUCGUUCUGAAGCAGCAACAACAACCACAGUCAUAUGCGGAGUUGGAAUACCAAACAGAUAAUUUUGAACCAAUGCAACCAGAACCACAACCGAGCCCACAGUACGUUCUCCAACCCAAACACAGGCCAGAAUCGAAUGACCAACCAGACCACAUUCAUCUCACACAACGACCAAUCUAUCACUCAAGCACAUCAGAUAUAUCUAGUUCAGAUUUGGAAUCUGUUUCCAAACCAGAAAUUAGGCCAGUUAUAGUCGAAUCAGCUUCCAAACCAAACAUUAAACCAGUUUUCAUCCCCAAACAACCACUCGAUUCGACGCCUAUAUCGGAGCCCUCUGCCUCUGAAAUCGAGCCUGAACCACGACCAGUAAAACCCAUCAGACCAAGUUUAAUUUAUACCCCUCGCCCCACCCAGCCCGAUCCUGUCUACAUACCAGAGCCAUCUGCAUCUGCGGAAGAAUCACUGGAAUCAGAGAAACCCGACUCAGAACCUGAACCAUCUCAUCCAGUCUCUUCUUCACCAGCAACUCCAAUUACUGAAGAUAAUGAAGACGAUUUAGCGCAAAGCUCCUUAGCAGAAAUUUUAAGGAAGUUACAGGACACCAAUCAACUUCCAAAAACAUUAACUCCUGACAACAUCGACGAUUCAAUACGGACCUUGAUCAAGAUCUUAGAUAAUCUGAAACAAACUCAAAGUGUACUUCCGGAUCCACCUCAACAUCAUGAAGAGGAAAAGGAGGAAUACAUUGAGCAAGAAAUAAUAGAAGAACCGAAGCCUGCAAAGAAGAAGAGGCCUGGUCCAGGCACUGGACGACCUGGUAUUGACUAUCCGAUCUUGGCUGAUAUUCCCAAGACAAACUUCAACUGUAAGGAGCAAAGAUACAAAGGAUUUUUCGGUGAUCCAGAUACGGGCUGUCAAGUGUGGCAUUAUUGUGAUUUGAAUGGUGGCCAAGCUAGCUUCCUUUGCCCGAAUGGAACGAUUUUCAGUCAGGUGGCGCUGACAUGUGACUGGUGGUUUAAUGUUAAAUGUUCGACGACACCACAGCUAUACGUCCUCAAUGAACGGUUAUACAAAUACAUUCUGCCAUUCACCCCCAAAUUCCCAGAGGAUUACAGUGGACCACUUGUUGAUAAAUAUCUAGCACUCAAAUUCCAAGAAAUGGAAGAAAAAAUGCGCCGGGAACGCCUCAAAGGUAAAUUAUCGAAGGAAAGUGCAGACACCAGUAGCUCUGCCCCCAGCAAUGGAACAAUCACAUCAGAAUCAAAAAGCGAAGAAUCAUCCGAAGAAGAUGCGCUCGGCAACAGUAGCAUCGACACCGGUCUACUUCCAUAUUCGACAGCCGAGCCAAGCUCAACUACAGAAAUUACCUCAAACUCUAUUAGUCCUGUGAGUGAUCAAACAACGGAGAAAACAUAUGAAAACAUCCUUCCGCCAUCAUCGACUACAACCUAUGCAGCUAUAGCACCCUCGGAACUCUUCGGAGAUGAAUCGAAAUCAAAAACAACCGUGGAAAGUGAAAAGGUUGAGGUAAUAGAAAUUCGAGCCAAUGGCGAUUCAGGACAUUUGAAUCCUUCACACACAUUUGUAGCACAAAAUUGAUAUGGAUUUAACGUGAAAAGCGCUUGUGUUUUCUUUUUUUCAAUUGGAUCAAGACCAUGUCCUUAAGUGGUACCAAGAAUUUGAUUUUGUUUCAAAAUUGGCUUAGUUGGAUUUAGAGGAAUAAUGGGUGGUAACGAACCUUAAUCAAUCGUUUUUGUUUGAUAGUAGUCUUGCUCUUGAUCUCAUUGAAAACGCAUUUUGGAAAGCGAUUUGUAGAAGGACGUGUCAGUAGGUAACAGUAAAUUAAUGAAUUUUGAUAAAAUAAUUGUUAUUGUCGUGGAAUAUGCUUCUCUUCUAGGUCAGGAUAUCAAAAUAUUCAAAUGAUUUCCUCAAUUUUGGCCAUUUAAAUUCAUUCCGAAGCAUAUUCCAUUACAACAAUCUUUUUAGGAUGUAAUACUCUUGCCAUUUUUAUAAUGACAAUAUUCUAUAGAUAUUAGAGAAGAUAAACAUGCUUUUAUUAUUAUUCAUAUGCGGACGGAUGUGUGUGAAACGGAUACAUUUAAAAUGUCCGAAAAAUAAUUUAUUUAAUGUGAAUUAUCGCUUCGUAUUAAGGAUAAUCGUCCAACGAUUCAAUGACUUCGAAUAAAAAUAUUAUGGAAAUUU